UGAAUGGAUCAUCUGUUGUCUUCUGAUGAAUUGCCAGGGCGACAGAUGUUCGUUUGUCAGCGUAGCGUCAUCUCGCCUGUACGAAUUUCCGCUUGAAGUGGAGCUGACGCGAGCGAAUAGCCACAGCGCUGAGACACGAUCUAUAACCGUUAAUCCCACGGAAUCCGAAAUCGCUUCAAUCGUGGAUCACACAAGCGAAGCCGACCAGGCAGCGGUCACCAAGUACCGGAAAUCCCGGCGCAAGAAAUCGAAGAACGCUGCCGUCGCCGUCGCCGCCGCCGGCGACUCCAAAGCAAAGGAAAUGGCAAAUACUUGCACCGAAUUCCGAAAAGAGAUACAUAAGUCUUUCGUCCUGCCGGCUAUGCAAACACCGUCUUACUCCGUAACAACAAUACAGAACCAAACGAGCUCGACCACAGCCAUGCGACCUCGAUCUCUUUAUACUUCGCACAAUUAUCAUUCUCAGCCCGAGGAUCCUAAUUUUCAACGAUAUAGCGACCUGUCCAAGUACUUCGAACCUCCGGCUGAACAAUGGAACGGUUUAAGUGGGACAACUGCGUACUCUGGAUCGGCGACGAUUUGGCGGCAGGCUAGAAAGUCGAUCGGUGGACCUUAUUAUGCGGCCGAAGAAGCUUCCAUUUAUACGGAGAACUGGAGAGAACAUGACGCUGACGUCGGAGGUGUCGUCGCCACUCCUCAUGGUACCAUAUCGUUGAGGUUGCACAAUAGAAUACGAGUGGACAUGACCAUUGAUCGCGCCGUCAGAAUCAUCAACUUCAAGAAUAAUAUUGUCCUGUCACUAAGCAGUUCCGGAGCUGCUGCCGCGUUGCUGCAUCCCAAUGGCAGAAUAUAUCAGUAUGGUUCCCGUGUGGAGAUCGUCGCCCAUGACACGCACGGCAAUAAUAAAUACGCAAAGAUGUGGUACAAGGGGGUCAGUUUCACAUCGGAGCAAUGCGCGCUUGUUUACCUGGUGGACACGGCUGGGACCAGAACCACAACGGAUUCCUUCUCGGAUAUGAGUCAGGAUUUUUCAUUGAGUGUCUUCUAUUCGGGCUCUCGGCAUGGACCAGCAUGUUUGCAGGAAGUUGCGGCACAUCUCAGUACAUCUCAAUACUGGCAAACCGAUGAAGGUGUUGAAAAUUGGAUUAUUAACAACGUUCGAGUAUCCCAGACUCCCGAUGGUCUUGUCAGGAUUGCACGAAAUAGCAAUAAGUAUCAACUACGUACAUCCCCUAGCAAUGGUACAGCUUCAUUGACGACACCCUUCCUGCACUGUACUGCGUCCUUAGGACAAACGUCUCAUCUGUUUGUACGCCGUGGUGAGCGUCGCAUGCAUUACGAUGGUACUAGCUUCAUCGUGAGAAAUGCAGGUCACAGCGCCGGCUUUGAUGACAACAAUCAGUUGAAGGUCUACUAGAACAAAAGCUCCGUAAAAUGUCUUCUCGCUUAGGGUUUAUCUAUCUACGAACGAGCAUCGAUGAAUAUAAUCAUCUUAGAUUGUCAAAUAGUCCGACCAUGAC